AUGACUCUGCAUAACUUCCCAAGAGAAGUGGCUUGUAGAGCUUUCCCACUGACCUUGAAGGGGUCGGCAAGAGUAUGGGUUGGAUCCUUGGCACCUAGGUCCAUAGACAGUUUUGGGGAGCUCACCCGUCUGUUCCUCACACAAUUUAUGGCGAGCAGUAGAAGAAGAUGCCCCUCAGCGUACCUCCUCACCAUUAAGCAGGGGGAAGAUGAAAGCCUGAAGAUAUACCUAUCCAGGUUAAACAAAGAAUGCAUGAUUAUAGAGGACCAAGAUGAGAAGAUAACUUUGGUAGCCCUUUUAGGAGGAGUGUGGCUCCGAUCCCAGUUCAUGGCAGAAUUGGCAAGGAGAACUCCCGCCACGCUGCGAGAGUUCAUGGAUCAAGUCAACAACUUUAUUAACGUAGAGGACACACUUCGGGCCUUGACCGAGCCGACAAGGAAAGAAUUGGAACAGGCAGAAAAUAAAUGA